GUUUUGCCAACUGCUUAGAUGAGAAACAAUCUAGGCUGUCAAACUCAAAACUGACAACUUCAAAAAUUCUUUUUGAUUGUUCCUUCCAUACCGAACGAUCGGCCGCGUGUUGUAUUCCGAUUUAAUCUACAAAAAUGGCCCUUCGACCAGCAUAUAAACCCAAAAUCGUGAAGAAACGGACGAAGAAGUUCAUUCGUCACCAGUCGGAUCGCUAUGACAAACUUGCCCCAAACUGGCGCAAGCCGAAGGGUAUCGAUAAUCGUGUACGUCGUCGCUUCAAGGGCCAGUACCUGAUGCCUAACAUUGGUUACGGCUCCAAUAAACGUACCCGUCAUAUGCUGCCCAACGGAUUCAAAAAAUUCUUGGUUCAUAACGUACGAGAACUGGAAGUUCUGAUGAUGCAGAAUCGUGUCUAUUGUGCUGAAAUUGCCCACGCAGUUUCAUCCAAGAAGCGAAAACUCAUCGUUGAACGUGCGAAACAGCUGGCCAUUGCCGUAACGAACCCGAACGGCAGACUACGAUCGCAGGAGAACGAGUAAAGCGUUGGCAAGCUCUGUUUGUCGACCCGCAUACGCUGUUUUGUAUGUAAUAUUUAAGAAUAAACUUUAAAGAAAAUCUAAA